UGAACAAAUACAGCUUUGUGCAGAUGUGACCUGGGGAGUGGGAGUUUUUCAGUCUCAAAAAUUGAAAGACUAGAAAAGGACAGUGGCCAACUUCUACUGUUUGGACUGAGGUUAUUUGUCAGUGCCCAGCGGAUGAGCCGACUUCUCAUCUGAUUUGUUUGGAACGAUGGCAGGUGGACGAGAACUGCUGCUCCUGGCAGCAGUGAUCGCUCUCCUGGUGCAAACUGAGCAGAAACCAACAGUGUCCAUGAUUCCCAACCUGACAGAGAUCUUCACCGGAGACUUGCUUUACUUGCACUGUGACGGUGAUCAGACUGGGAGCCCAACAACCUGGGAUUUUAAUGGCAACAUGGCAGCGCAAAAUAACACUCUGAAGAUAGCAGCUGCUUCCUCCAAGGACUCAGGAAUCUAUAAAUGUACAAUCAACGGCCAAACAAGUGAUGACUUCAACUUAAAAGUUCUUGAAUACGUUCCCAUCGCAUCACUUAGCAUCGCAACAGGCCAGCCAGUGAUGCGCAACAACGCCAAAGUUCUGCUGGAGCUUAGAAACGAUGAAGGACUGGAGGGAUGGCUCUGCAGAGUCAACCGGAAAAAGGACACCAAAAGAGUUAAACUGAAAUUGAACAAUGCAAAUGCAACAUCAUUUAUCUUUGAAACUUCUCCACUGAAGGUACCCGAGACCAUCUACUGGUGUGAAAAGAACGGUACAAAGGACAGAAGCAACCAAGUUGUUCUCAGGACCACUGACAAUGAAGUGACUCUGGAAAUGUAUCCGUUCCCUGCAAUAGCAGGAGAGAAAAUGACCCUGAGAUGUCUUGUGUGGGGAACAAAGGAAGUUAUCCAAUCUGUUUUCUACAAAGAGAACGUCAUGACCAAGACAGUUCAUGGAGAUACAUAUAAUGUCCCUAAAGUUACUGAAUCUGAGAUGGGAAGAUAUCGGUGUGAAGCCACCUACAGAUACAAGGACCAGACAGUCCGCCCACAUGUAUACGAAUCUGAUGUUCAGGAUUUACCUGUCCAAGUUCGUCCCGUCGAAGCGGUGCUGUCUGACACCAUGCAGUGCUCCUGUCCGUCAUGUGAUAAACAGGAGGACAUCAAGUCAUACAUGUACUACAAGCAAAAUGGUAACUCCUGGACGAUGCUCGGUCAAAACAAGCAUCCAGACAGUGACGGUACUUACCACUGCAGAGCUGUUUUGGGCAACAUGAGGACUUUACCCAGCAAAGCUGUGGCAAAAAAUCGCAGUAUUUUUUCAUCGGUGAUUGGGAUCUUGUUUUUCAUCAUUGUGCUGGGAUUGCUCAUUUUUGCCGUGGCAUUUUAUAAGUGGAACAAGAAUAGAAAUGCGAGAGUGGACAUUUACGAGCAAGUCCCGAUGAGGCAAGGGGAUGCCAAUUAUGAGGCUAUAAAUAUGAGGCAAGUGAAAGAGGGUGAAUACGACACGCUUCAACCUGGAGCAGAGGGCAGACAGAAGACGGGUGGCGAAUACGAAGCACUGACGAAAAGGGAAGGCAAAGACGAAGUUUACCACACUCUGGGAGAAAACGUAGCGUCGGGUGGAGGAGACGGAGGUUACCAAGCUCUGAAGACAGCAGGAAUACAAAAGGAUGAGUAUGACACCCUGAAAACCAAGCAACCGGAGGGCGGGACGGGCGCAGAAAGUGGAGGAAACGGAGGUUACGAAGCUCUAAAAACGGCAGGAAUCCAAAAGGAUGAGUAUGACACCCUGAAAACCAAGCAACCGGAGGGCGGGACGGGCGCAGAAAGUGGAGGAAACGGAGGUUACGAAGCUCUAAAAACGGCAGGAAUCCAAAAGGAUGAGUAUGACACCCUGAAAACCAAGCAACCGGAGGGCGGGACGGGCGCAGAAAGUGGAGGAAACGGAGGUUACGAAGCUCUGAAGACAGCAGGAAUCUCAAAGGAUGAAUAUGAAACCCUGAAAACCAAGCAAGCAGAGCUGGAGAAAGUGGAAGAGAUAAAAGAGGAGAAAUGAGAGAGAGGCUCUUAGAAGAAUGACGAGUUUCCUUCCACUAGAUGGUGGACAGACCCGCCCAAAAAUGAUCCUCAAGUCAGAAAAUCAAAACUUUGAUACAUUUUCACUCAAGUAGAAGAGAAAAGUACGUCCAAAAUGUUAAAAGUGUUUGGUAAAUACCAAGUAACGGUUUGAUCACAAUAUCUGAUUUAAUUUGUGUAAAUUAAUCAUCAGACAAGAAAAAACAGUUGUCUGCAAAUCCUGGUAUUCUAAAGAUUAUGAAAAAAAUAUUUUGUUUGCAACAUAAUGUUCAUGAAAACAAUACUUAUAGAAGGUAAAGUAUAUAUUAUGUGAGAACAAAGUACUUCUACUGACAAUACAUACGGUAUACUGUACAUUAAUGUGACCUACCAAUGACACAACAUAUAGAAAAUACUAUAAAAAUUAACUUGUCCUAACAAAAGCUGUAGAUUUAUGUUUCUGAUGUAUUUUUAAUUUUUCUUCAGUCAGUAAAGUAACUAGAGAGUUACUUAUUUACUGGAUAGAGUAGCCAGAACUUUUUACCCAUUGAGAGUACUGUUACUUAAAAAAUAAUAUUACUUAAGUAAAAGUACGGUAAAACUACUGCUAGAGCUACGUUUUUAUAAUAGUUACUAAAUGUGAGUUACUUCUCACCUCUUCAAAGUAGUCAGUGACAGUAUGUACAUAAAAAGAAUAAUAAUAAAAUACAUUCAAUAUAUUUCCAUUCAUAUAAAUUGUGUAAUUAUGGAGAGAAAAUGUUUUUGGUUCACCUCUAUCAUUUAUGUUUAUUAUUUAAAUAAUUAAAAUUAUUAAAAUAUCAACUGAUAGAUAGAAGUACAACAUUCAUUUUGGGAGAUGAACAACCAACAAACAAAACUCUGGAAUCAGAGUUUCCACUUUUCUUAUUUUUCAGAUAUUUUCAUACGUUUUAUUGCUUACUUUCAUAUUUCAUGUACUUUGAAUCGCAGUGAUAAACAUUAUUUACUCAUCUUGCUUAAACUGAUCAAGCUGAUGUAACUCAUACUUUAAGUUACUUUAAGUUCUGACAAUGUUUCCAUUACAUUUUCAAGACAUUCACAGCUUCAGAAUAAGAAAAUUAACAUUUAUCAGCAAACCAUGCAGAUUUUUCUAUCAUAAAUGCAAUAUUACAUGCUUCAGUAUUAAUCUUACAGAUUUCUUUUUUUUAUU